AUUAGGAAACACCACUCGGCUGUGGCUAGACAAUAGGUGUUCUUUUGACGAUUUCCUGCAGCAAUACAGCAAUUUUCAACACCAAAUAUUACACCUAUCUAUUGAUGGUGCUGCUCCAUCUACUUAGGUGACGACACUCGCAAAGGAUGGAGGUGUGCCACAUUUUGAAAUCCAAUAAGAUUAGUCGUUUAGUUGUUGAGCAGUGAAACGUCUAGCGGCAAUCCGUAUUCCUAGAAGAGUGAUGCAAUGAAGUUGAAAUUGUAGAACGUCAUCAACUGGCUUCAGGAAUCCUUUCAUCGAGCCGUCCGACUGAUAGUGAACGAUUGACGUUGGAUCGCACUCAGUUCUGGCUAUCAGAUUAACGUAGAUUGAUGCGGCUCUCGAUCACAUAUUAAACAUUCGUGUGAGUUCAACGUUAGCAGCAUAAUGGAGCAAGUCAUUCGUAAAUUCGUAAUCUUUCAAGGAUUAUCUAUCGGUAUCCUUACUAUUAUCCACUCUUUGGAGACAGUCUACGACUACAUAUUCGAUUUCCUACAAUACGAGAUGUGGGACUAUUACAACGACAUCCAUGGUAUGUACGAGGUGGUAAUUCCUAGGGAACUGAGUUGGAUCGCCGCUGCAAGUGCGCUGAUCUUUGGAAUUCAUCAUCGUAAAAUACGCUAUUUCUAUCCGAUAAUUUGUGUUGCUUGUGUAGUAUUGUUCAUACAAUUAGUUCGGGAAAUUGUACUAUUUUGGGUGGACCAAGAUGAGCAAUAUUGGGAAUUUACACUGUUCUGCAAUCCAUCUUUGCUGUUUCCGAUGACUUGCAGGCGAGUUCACGGAAUGAUAACACUGAUAGCUCUAAAGCGGUUGUUCGAGUCAGAGCAAAGUUCUGAUAAUAGCUUUGUCCGAUUUAAUGUGGAGAACGAAGAAUGUGAAACUAGUGAGAUAAGCUGAAAAAGUCGAAAAUCUCUUCAAUUAAACAAUCGUAACAACAUUAUUAUAUUUUGAUUGAACAUUAGAAGAAAAAAUCUUUCUUUAAACUGUUGUAGGAAAAUAAAGUUACAUUUCAUAAAUGUUA